GAAGAGUCAUUCAAGGGAAUCAUUUUCCGCACGAAUCUCCCAGCUUCCAGCUUUGGCCUAAAGCAGGAUCAGGUUGUCGGUAACAUUAAACAAAAAUGAACCGGCUUUUCGGUAGAAGCAGGAACCAGGCGCCUCCCAACCUUUCGGACUGUAUCGGAAAUAUCGAUGCGCGAGCCGAGGUGAUGGAGAAGAAGAUAGCGAGGAUCGACGCGGAGCUCAUCAAGUACAAGGACCAGAUGAAAAAGAUGAGGGAUGGCCCAGCCAAGAAUGCAGUGAAACAGAAGGCUAUGAGAGUGCUCAAGCAGAAAAGGCUAUAUGAAAGCCAAAGGGAUCAGCUUGCCCAACAGUCCUUUAACAUGGAACAGGCCAACUACACCAUUCAGUCCUUAAAGGACACUAAAACAACAGUUGAAGCUAUGAAGAUUGGAGCAAAAGAUAUGAAAAAAGCCUAUAAGCAAGUGAAGAUGGAUCAGAUUGAAGACUUACAGGACCAGCUUGAGGACAUGAUGGAGGAAGCCAGUGAGGUGCAGGAGGCUUUGAGUCGCAACUAUGGUACACCUGACAUUGAUGAGGAUGAACUAGAAGCAGAGCUGGAUGCCCUCGGAGAUGAGUUACUGCUGGACGAUGACAGCUCCUAUCUGGACGAAGCCUCGUCUGCACCCUCCAUCCCAGAGGGCGUGCCGAGUGACAGCAAAACAAAUAAGGAUGGUGUUCUGGUUGAUGAGUUUGGAUUGCCGCAGAUUCCAGCCACAUAGACCUGGAUGAACGCUGCAGGAUCUGUUUCUUUACUGAAGAUCGGUUCAGUAAUCUUAGUUUCAAGGGUGGUUUGCCAAGGCAUGCUUUCCUAAUGAGUUAAUGAAGCUUUUGCUAAUCAAGCAUGUGGCCUUGUAAUUCUCUGUUUCCAUUAAUAUGCUGUUUAACAGUAUAUAUUUUUUGCACACUGACCUAUCUAGUAAAUCAUCAUCAUCAUCAUGAUUAUCAGCAUUCUUAUAUAUAUUGUGAAAUCAGACAAUUACGUCUAAUUAGUUAAUGAAUAAAUCACAAACAUGUACAUAAGAACAUACUAGGGUACCUGUGUGUUUAUUCAUGGUAUCAGUGUUCAGCUCUCUCCUGUCUCUUAAAAACACAAACUUUCUAGGUUAGGGCUGAAGAGGGUUCUUUAUCAAGGGGUUGUCAGUUCCACUAUGCUGUUCAGCUGUCACGAAAUUAUAUGUUGAUUCCUUUAUUGAUUUAGAGAAAUAUCCCUGCACUCAUUCAUUCACUUGCAGUGAAAUGAAAACCCAGCCACUCCUCCUAGACUGUGAAUAUAAAUAAACAAAAUGUAAGAUCUAUGUUUUAAAAAAGAAUGAAUCGAAAUAAUAAGAACAGAAAAAGAGUUAAUAGAAUGUAAUGUGCAAUAUGUUUGCAUGUUACAUGUAGUAGCAUGAUGUGUAAUAAUGUAACAUGUAGUAAUGGUACAGAAUGUGCAACAUUACAGAAUUGAAAGUGAUGCAUUAAUGUGCAAACAGUAAAGUGCAGUGUUUCAGUGGAGUAAACAAGUCUUUAUGGAGUCCUAAGAGUUUCGUGAGAUGGACAUAUCCGUAUUGAGGAGUCUAAUGUCCUGAAGGAAGAAGCUCCUCACAAAUGUGCUUCUAGAGGAAUGGUGAAAAAUUU